UGCGACCAUCCCUCCCUUCGUUUUACAAAAACAAAACAUGUCGACUGCAAUGAAUUUCGGGUCAAAGAGCUUUAAACCUCGACCACCAGACAAAGGGUCGUUCCCAUUAGAUCACUUUGGAGAGUGCAAAGCCUUCAAGGAGACGUUCAUGAAAUGCUUGCGAGACAGCAAUUUCGACAAUUCCAAGUGCCGCCUCCAGUCAAAAGCCUACCUGGAAUGCCGCAUGGAACACCAGCUCAUGACAAAGGAACCACUGGAAAAACUGGGAUUCAAAGACCUGGUGGAUCCUCCUCCGCCCAGCCAAGCAAACAAAGAUUGCAAACAUUAACAUGCUGUGCACGACCAAUGCACGGAUGCUGUUGUGCUGAGUCUAUCCAAAGACUCGUGGGUGUGAAACCUGGUACAGCAGUGUGAAAGACUAAAAAGUGCACAAGCAGGUUCGAUAGAAGGUUCCAGCUUUGAACACAUGUAUAUAAAAUGUCUAAUAUAAGAUGUUCUGUGUAAUAUAUGAUGUUCUUUACCAUGUUAUUAAACCGUUUGUACUGGAACGUGUGUAUGACCUAAUUCAGUCGUCUGACAAAGGAACGUUGACGCGUUUAUUGUUCGUAUCGGGGCUCGAAUCUUUGUAGGCUUAGGUGUAGUGUAGCGCAAGUAUCUCUUUGAUGAACUGUAAGCAUGUCCCUGUUUUGUGGCGACGAUAGAAAAGCUCAGGUUGAUGGGUCGCCCCUGUCAUAGUAUGCCCUAAAAAAAAAAAAAAAACUUUUGAUAACUUUUAAUGUCACUUCACAGGUCACUUCCUGUUGGGUUUAGGCUGUGCGUGUUUUUAAAGUUUUGAUACGUCUGGGGUCGCUACAAGUGUGAGCCGAUUUUUGUAGCCCUAGGUAUGAAACGUACCGCGAAUGAGAAUGGAUUAGGGGCCGCAAAUGGCCCCCGAGUGGUAGGUUGGACACUGUAGGAUAAGUGCAAAAGUAUGGCCCAAGCAAAUUUGGGGAAAAUGGGCCACGACUGUACCUUAAAAAGAUAAUCGGUCACUUCUUGUUGGGUUGUAAUGAGGUAAUUGGUGGAUGAAAAAGAAAUAUAAGGCACUGUAACAGGAUUUGACACCCAUGCUUCGCAUGCUGCCCCACCACCAUUUUGUAAAAUAAGGUCGCGGGCUGUGUUAAAAGUUAUUUUAAGUAUUGGGGAUUGAGAGAAAACGGAAUGGCAUAUUUUAAUGGAGUAGUAGAAGUAGUUGUACAUGACAUCCCCCUGCAUUGCGGCGUUAUGUGGCAGACCUCCACGUGAGUGAAAAUCAGUGAAAAUAGAGUACGGUUUGUGAAAUAGACUCGAGACAGGUUUGUAUAACAUGAAUAAAGUGUCUUUUUUAGUGUCUAAACACUUGUAAGAACCUGUGAGUUGAUAUGUUAGUAUGACCUUUGUUGUGAUUAGUGGUCCCAGCUCAAGCAGUUAAAGCCUAAGCAUGUCUAUUGACCUUAUUAAUGAAUGAACACCAUAUCACAUGCAUGUUAGUCAACUGGUGUAAAGGGUGGGCCCGGCCUCCUCAACCCACAAAGGGGGGCCGAGCCAGCGAGCCCGUCCAGUGAGGGACCCAACCAGGGGGAUGCCACCCAGGACCCAGGGCGUUCCCCAGUCCAACCAAAGCACCCCGACCAGUCCCAAAAGGAGGGGCACGUGUGCCGGACCACCGCCCUCUACG